UUCUAACCAAAACUUCCAAUUUGUUUGUUGGUGUUUGUAACUGACCGCGUAUUAUGUCAGUUUUAUCAUCGCGUGUAGUAGCCGGAUUCUUCUCGAGCGGACUGCCUGUCGAACAGCUCGACGUUCGUCUGGCGACAGUUAAAAUCCAGAUUGUAGGUAAAUCGAGAUCGAAGUGAGUCGUGGAUUGUGUGCGAACGUAGUAUCAGAAGGGAUUAUCUCACGCAUGCAAGGUCUGUUUCAAAAAUAACUAGAAAUGCGACUACAAUUUCGAAUUACCUCGUUAGACGACUAUUCAACUUCCACCGACUUUAGAGAGAUUUUAGAAAAUCAUCUCGAAAAGUGGAAGUUCUCUGUAGUACAAUGGAUCGAAGAGGAAAAGACAGAAAGACACGACAAUAAACCCGUAUUUGACGAACACGUGAUUCAAGUAGAGUGCAAAAGUAACCGUUUCUUUGCCGACGUGUAUUCCGAAAUGGACAUUUUGGCAACAUACUGGUGCAGGACCGAUAUAAAAUGUUGGUUAACAUUCUCAACCGCCAAAUGUUUUCAUCAUACUAAGAUUGCUUGUCACGAAAACAUCAUUCUAAAUAUGUUUUACUUUGGAACUCUCUGCUCACAAACGCAUUAUGUAAUACACAGAUAUGUGAAAGGAUUUCUGUCGGCAAAUUUUUAUCAUGACGUACGGAUGUUGGAAAUAAGACAUAAAAGAAAUAUUUACGACGAUAACAAUAAUUUAUUAAAAAUAAAAUAUUCGUCCGUAAGGAGAAUUAUUUUAAAUAUAAAGAAAGACUGUGCUUUACUCUUUUUAGAAGUGAAAUAUCCUCCCGUUGCGUAUUCUAGGGGACGAAGAGUUCUAACCUUAGAUGCCAUCGAUAAAGAAGUGCAUGGCAAAUCGACAGCCUUGAUGUUACGUAUUCAAGAUGUAGAAUUUGCUAAAGAAAUAGUUAGUAGAUUUCAUUCAUGUAAUAAUGCAAUGCCUAUUUACUAUGGCUGCAUACAAUUGGAAACAAGAAAAUAUUUGCCAUUGCCGACUUUUAAUUUGAAGAAUUUCGAUUGCACUUACAACUUAUACGCAAUACUUACUAGAAAUUUUGUCUUACAAGAGCAAACUAGAGGAAAUUGGAAAACAUUCAUUAAUCAGAUAGAACAGCAAUGCAACGAAAAUCCAAUUUACUUAGAGAAAGCUUUGGAGUAUAUAUUAGAUUUGCAAGAACGUGGUGUACUCUGCCACUAUCCACGUGCAAUCGAAUUGAUGUAUCAAUGGUAUUGUCAAACAGAUCAUCAAAUUCGUGCAAAAGAUAACGAAUAUACAACGCCUUCUGAUGCCAAAUUGAUUCGGAGAGUAGUUUUGACUCCAACAACAACUUUGUUUUAUCCUCCCGAAUUUCAAUUCAGUAACAGAAUGUUGCGAAAUUUUGAUUCAAAUUAUGCACUGCGAGUAUCUUUUCGAGAUGACGACGGUAAGAAAUUGAGUGCGUCAGCAAAUUACAGUGAUGCUGCAUUAUUGGAAUUCGCAGUUACGAUGCCUAUGAUUGAAGGAAUAAAAAUAUGCGCAAGACAUUACAAAUUUUUGGCAUGGUCAAAUUCUCAAAUCAGAGAUCAUAGUGUAUGGAUGUAUGCGGAAGACAAUAAAGGAAAUAAUGCCGAUACUAUUCGAGCAUGGAUGGGUGAUUUCUCGAUAACCAAAAGCGUAUCCAAAUACAUGGCUCGUUUGGGACAGUGCUUUUCACAAACAGAAGACACAGUGAAAAUUCCAUUAGAGCAUCGUUACGUCAUUACAGAGGAUGAUAUUGAAGGUGGAGUAAAUCCUGUUACAGGAAAACCUUACUGCUUUUCAGAUGGAAUUGGCAAAAUGUCUAGACAAUUAGCCGAGAACGUUAGCGAAAAGUUGAAUUUGAAAAAAGUUUCGUGUGCUUUUCAAAUAAGAUAUGCAGGUUAUAAGGGAAUGCUUGUUAUGGAUCCGACGUUGGACGACGAAGGACUGAAAAUUGUGUUUAGAAAAAGUAUGAAAAAAUUUGAUAGUCCAUCUGAUCAACUUGAAAUAGUAAAGCAAAGUCAAGCCAUACCCGUACACUUGAAUCGUCCAAUGAUCAACAUCCUGAAUCAACUGGGUGUUCCAAAUAAAGUAUUUCUAGAACUACAGGAAGAAAUGCUUUCGACCGAAACAGAUAUUUUAACCGACGAUGAAAAGACUGCAGAAUAUCUCGCUUCUAAACUGAAUCUGGAAACCAUAACAGGAUUUCAAGAAAUGGUGAAUGCGGGAAUAGGAUUGACAGGCGAUCCUUUCUUUCGCGAAUUGUUAUUAUGUCUUCGAGAAAGAGCGAUUUAUGAUAUUAAGACAAAAGCUAGAUUAGCUAUAAAUCCCAACGAAGGACGAAACAUGUUCGGAGUUCUAGACGAGACGGCCACUCUCGAAUAUGGCCAAGUAUUUAUUCAAUACACGAAAGAUAUUGUAGGACAAGAAACUAGUACAGAAACAGUAAUUAAAACAGGUCGAGUGUUGGUGACAAAAAACCCUUGUACUCAACCCGGAGAUAUUCGAAUUUUAGAAGCUAUCGAUGUUCCCGCUUUACAUCAUAUUGUGGAUUGUAUAGUGUUUCCGCAGAAAGGGAAACGACCACAUCCGGAUGAAAUGGCUGGAUCCGAUCUCGAUGGAGAUGAAUACGCCGUUAUUUGGAGAAAAAAUUUAUUUUUCUCUCGUAACCGAGAACCGGAAAAUUUCCCUUCUCCCGAAGAAGAUAAACAGUCGAGCGCCACAUUCGAUAUACAUACAACAACCGAAAUGCUGAAAGAAUACAUUAAAAAUGACCAGAUUGGUAUAAUCGGAAGUGCCCACUUGGCAAUUUCAGAUAAAUUUGGUAUACAUACUCCAAUCUGCAAAGAGAUUGCUCGAAAAUUCUCUCUGGCAUUAGAUUAUGUAAAGUCUGGUUAUAUAGAACCCCUAACAUGCGAGGAAAAGCCACAAAAAUAUCCAGAUUUUAUGGAAAGAGGAACUGACAGAGAAACUUAUCGAUCAAAACGUGCUUUGGGUGAUUUAUACAGAAAUUGUGAAAUAUUUGAACAGAAAACUACAUCUGUCCAACGGGAAACCGUUAAAUUACAGAUUGAUCCUGACUUAAUUUAUCCUGGUUGGGAAGAAUACGAAGAAUCUGCACGAAUUUCUAGACAAAACUACAAUCAUUUUCUUCAAAUUUUGAUGCAUAGAUAUGGAGUUCAAACGGAAGCUGAGGCAAUUUCGGGCGCAUUUCGAAGACUUCACCAGCGACAUUCCGAAAGACACGACGCUUUUAACGCUGAAAAACUCGUUGUGCAAUCUGUAGAAACAUUGCAGAAGCGUUUUAGAAACGAAUUUCAUCAGGAAUUUGGAAUUUCAGCUGAUACUGAAAAUAUAGAUCCGAACAUAUUGGACGAUAUAUUNUUUACAAUUCGAGUAUCGUGUCGGUUUUAA